GCGGCGGCGGCCACAGCCCCAGCGACAGCAACAGCAACAGCAACAGCCCCGGCGGGGACGCGAGCGCGGCGGUGAGCGCGUGGGAAGUGGCGUCGCUCCUGGGCAAGCUGCUGGGCACCGUCGCCGCGCUGAAGGCCGUCCUGUACCUGCUCCGGCUGUGCCUCGCGAUGGCCUGGAAGUCCGGCGGCGCCAGCCACUCGGAGCUCAUCCACAACCUCCGCAAAAAUGGUAUCAUCAAGACAGAUAAAGUAUUUGAAGUCAUGUUGGCCACCGAUCGCUCCCACUAUGCGAAAUCAAACCCUUACAUGGAUUCUCCACAAUCCAUAGGAUUCCAAGCAACAAUUAGUGCUCCACAUAUGCAUGCGUAUGCACUAGAACUUCUAGUUGAACAAUUGCAUGAAGGAGCUAAAGCUCUUGAUGUCGGAUCUGGAAGUGGAAUCCUUACUGCAUGUUUUGCACGUAUGGUUGGCUCUACUGGAAAAGUCAUAGGAAUCGACCAUAUUAAAGAGUUGGUAGAUGACUCGAUAAAUAACGUCAGAAAGGAUGACCCAGCACUUCUGUCUUCAGGGAGAGUACAUUUGGUUGUGGGGGAUGGAAGACUGGGAUAUGCCGAAGAAGCCCCUUAUGAUGCUAUUCAUGUAGGAGCCGCAGCCCCAGUUGUGCCCCAGGCACUCAUAGACCAGCUAAAGCCUGGCGGAAGGUUGAUCCUGCCCGUGGGCCCCGCUGGCGGGAACCAGAUGUUGGAGCAGUAUGACAAGCUUCAGGAUGGCAGUGUCAAAAUGAAGCCGCUGAUGGGCGUCAUCUACGUGCCUUUGACAGACAAAGAGAAGCAGUGGUCCAGGGAUGAACUGUAAAAGCCACAUCAGCUUGACCAGUAUCAAACAUUACAGUGGAUCUUGCUCAUCUCAGUCCUCAGAGCUUUCUGAAAAACAACAGCGUCACAGCUUGUUUUGGACUUUGUCACACUCUUAUUUUCAGCAUGCGAUUGUCUGGUUUUUGUAGAGUAUCUAAUUCUUUAAGGAGGCAAGGGAGCCACAGUGGUGGGAGGAGGCGGAAUAUAGAUUUGCGUAUCCUUUAACAUGCCCACAUUUUACUUUGAAAUGCCAUGAGAAGAUGUGCUCCACCGUGAAAACUUAGGCUUGUGGACUGAUCUUUGAGGACCUGCUUUACCCAGACACUUAGUUGUUCCGGUAAGAACUGAAGUUAGACUCUUCCCAUCACCUUAGCACCACCAUUCACAAGUUCAGAGUCUUGGACUGGGACAUCUGUAGAUGCUACUAAGAAACUAGAGACGAGCUUUCUUUUUAAAGCUUUUGAUGUGGUAUCCAUAGAAUCGCAUGUUGUAGAUACAAUCAGCUUCUUCGUUACCUUCCGGUAGCUCAGCAUUUGUAAAUAUUAAACCUUAAGGUGGCAGGUGGUGUCCCUUAGAACACUGCAGCUGUUUGAAGGGACAUAACUGACAUGGCUCUUCCUCCCCCGCCCCACCCCAAUUUAAAAACGAUAGACUCUGUUAGCUGAGUAUUCUUUUUCUCUUCCUGUUUCAACCUGGCUGCUGAUACUGUACCUGACUUUUAACAUGCUGUAUCAGCUGUGUCCUAGUUCCUGAACAGUUUAUGCAGUGCUGCUUUGCCAAAUAAAAUUAAAAACUAUAAAAAAAAAAAAAAAAGAA